AUGAAUUAAAAUUAUAUUGACCAAGGCUAUUUGACUAAGAAAUUCUAUAGAGCAUUCGGAAACUAUUUCGGACCUCAUACUUCGACACCAAGUUUGGCAUCAGAAUAUUUAUCAUCAACAAGGACUUAGACAUCCAAUUUGAACAAAUAAAACAGUUUAGCAAAACCAAUUACAACUCCUUAAAAUGUGAGUAAACCGAUAAAUUUGAAUUCUGUUCGAGUAAAAACAUAGACUCAGCAUAUUUCUAAAUAACAGCCAUAAGUCCAUCAUAUAAAAAGCUUAUCUUCAGACUUAAAGAAUUUACAUCAAUAGAAAAGAUUCAAAUAAGAGAAGAUGAUAUUGUACACCGAAUCAGAACAACAUCCAUUUUUGAUCAUCUAAAAAAAGGCAAGGGAAUUAAGAAAAAUUGAAUCCAGAAAAAGUACUUUGCCUUCAAUUUAAACUGAAUCUUAACAUAGUGCCAGAUUGCCAGAGAUACCUCCAUUGCUCUAAAUCCCAAUAAUAUAAAUUACAGAACCAUUAGAGUAGCAUUCAUCAAAAGGUUAAGACUAUGAAUCAGAUAAAGAAGAUGAUUCUCAAGAAGAAGAAGAUGUUCCUUAGGGGGAAAAAAGGAUGAAGAAGCUCUCUGUUAGACUCAAAUUCAAAAAUGCUGUCUAAUCUCAAGUUUCCACACUUUUUAUCAAUAAACAACCGAAAUCACUCUUUAAUGUGAUAAUAUCCCCUGAAUUCACACUCAAACAUGAAGAAGAACGCUAAAAAAUAAGUGUCGCUUUUGAGGCUGGCAACUUUAUAUUAUAUAAAGCAAAAUAAUUUCAACAGAAAUAAGUAAUAUAUAGGAAAAAGUUAUUUGUCAACUAAUUAAAUAUCAAGCAUGCUCAUAAGAUGAAUAAUAUUGUCAGUUCAUAAAUAGCUAAAUUAAAUACUACAAAUAAGGCAUUUCAAAGAAAAAUUAAAAUGAUUCUCACUACAACUGAAAACAGCAAAGAAAUUGAGCAACCCUAAAAAUUUUCAUUGCUAUCAAAAUAUAAAAAAAGCUAAUUUGGUUAAUCAGGUAGUAAUGAACAUCUUGCUUAAGAUAUCAAUUUAAACAAAGAUUAAUUUACAAUUACUAUAACUAACGAUAAAUUAGAAAAUGAAAUUCAAAUUUUCAAUAGGCCAAAAUUUAUUUAAAUAGAUUAGAUUAUAGAAGAAGUUCAAUAAGCGCAAUCUCCUCCUAAAUAAGCUAGCUCUCCUGGCAAAAGAAUCCUAUAGCAUUCUGGAUCUGUGCACUAUUCUUAAAAACACAUUAAUUUAAGGCACUCAGUCUCUCAAUAAAUAAUUAAAGAAGAAUUAUCAAGUGUAUAGAGUAUUCCUAAUAUAGAAGAAAACAAUAAUCUAGAUUUUAAUUAAGAAUUCUCAAAAUCUAAUUUAUACGUCAGACUUUAUUAUCAAAGUAGAUUGCAUAAAUUACCCAGAAAAACUACCUUUGUUGGGAUGAAUCUACAAGAAAUUGAAGAUUAUUUUACUUCCUAACAACAAUUAAUUAAGUUAACAUAUAUAAACUUUUAAGCAACUGAAGUACCUGGAUUAGAAUAGAUUGGUCCUACACUAGAAUAAAAUUUAGAUAUACCUAAAUUCAUCAUUUACUAACCAAAAUUAAGCUUAACCUUUAAUUUUUAUUCAACGGAAACAUUUUCUUCAAGUGAAUCAGAUUUAAGUUAGUCAUUGGAUUUACGUUUAGAAGAACCAAUUUAAAGCCAGGAUUAUAAUAAGAAGACUACGAAAUCACUUAACAAUUUAGAAGAAGAAAAGGACGAAACAAUAUUUAUUGAGGAUGAUUUAAAGAAUUUUAAAUCAAUAUCAACUGGGUAGUUGACACUUAUUAAGAAAGCCAAAAAUCAUUUUUUAUAACCACUUGAUCUUGUUUGCAUUUUAAGUACCCUAGAUCAAAACACCAAAAACUAAUUAUUAACAUUUCCUUAGCAAGCUAAACCUAUCGAUUAAGUCUUAGACUCUAUUAAUUCUGAUAAUGAUUGUUGGGCUUAUAAAUAACUGGAAAAAUAUUAUGAUAAAUUAAUUUUAAAAAGGAGAGUAAUAGAUUAAUUAGCUAUCAGAUACGACUAAAUAUUAAUUGGGAGAUAUCAAGACAAGGAAAAGGUUAUCGAUAUUGAACACUAAGAUUUAAUAGAGACUUUAUAAAAUUUACCUGAAAUCCCAACAUUAACAGAAAUAGAGAAUUAAUAAAAAAGUUAAAAGUCAUAACAACAAAACAAUUAGUAGCAUUAAUAACAAUAAUAAUAAGUAACCAAUUAAUAAAGCACAAAAGGAGAAUAGAUUAGAUAAAUUGUAAGCAUUAAAAAAAAUAUACUCAAUAAAAAAUAACUCAAAAAAAACCAAACACAAACAAUAAAUAUUCAACCAAAUUUAAGAACAAAAUAAACCUCUAACUCUCCAGAUCAAAGUAAUUCAAGAUUAACAAUGCAAUACUCUAAUUAAUUAACUAAUUAACAUACUAAUUAAUAAACUCAAAAUAACAUUAUAACACAAUCUACUACCUAAUUUUUAACAAAACCAACCAACUAAUCUUAAUAAUCAGUCAAUGUUACAGGAACAAAAAUAAUACAAAAAAGUAAAUCAAAUGCAGAUUUAAGUGAAACUUCAUCCAUAAAAUCAUCAAAUAGCAAAUUAGAGAUCAGCUCAUAAAAGAUAUUAGAAGUGGAGAACCAAAAGCCAUAAACUAAAAAUCAACCACAACAUCUUGAAGUAGCAGAAAUUGAAAAAAAAAUCAAGCAUAAUAAAACAAAAUCAGAAAAUUUAAUCAAUAAGAUCUUUGAAUAAAAAAUACAAAGUAUGCAAUAGCAUUCAUUGAGAAUGAGAAGCCAUGCAGAGGAAUAAGCGAAAAGGUAGAAAUAUGAUCAAAAGUAUCAAGUAAAGUUUGCUAUAGAGGAUAAUAAUUAUUAAGAAUUUUUGGAAAACUUUAAAUAGCUGCCAGAAAUGUAUACUGAUUACAGAUUCUAAAAUAAUGAAACUUUCUUAACUUUAGCCACUCAAAGUGGAAAUAAGGAUAUUGUCAAAGAACUGAUAAAGAGAGGAGCGGAUAUCAACAUAUAAAAUGAUGAUGGAAACACCCCCUUGCAUUUGGCUAUAGCAUAUUCUCAUUUUGAUAUAGCUGACAUGCUCAUGUUUUCCGGAGCCUCUUCUCACAUUUUAAAUAAGUAGGGUAGGAAUGCGUGGAAUGUAAUAUGA